GGGGUGGUUAUUCUGCCCGCUACCCAUGGAACACUCCUCUGAUCUGUCCCGUCUGGGCCUUUCCAGCUUUGAUUCGGUCUUCUCGUGACUGGGCGUGUCCGGAUGGUCGAUGAAUACAGCCCCGCCUGUGGUGGCACGGUGCAAGGGGCCUCGGAUAUUCUACCUUCGUGACCAUUUUGGCUCAAGUCUUGACGGUCCAGUCCAUUCGACGACACUGUAUGCACACCCGAAUUCGGAUCUUGAUGACGAUGGCUUUUGCUGCCAGUCCCCACUCUCUAUUCAUAACUCAGUUGCUAUUUGCACCUGCUAUCUGCGUCCAGAUGCAUGCAGGUGCGAGCGAGAAGUUUAUCGAGAGCGUGACAUUUGACGAUAGCUCGGGCAGUAGAUUCGAUGACACGUCUGGAUUUGAUGAUAAGGCUAGCAGGAAGCUCGAUGAGGAGUCGGACGGAAUGUUUCAUCAUGGCAAGUCUCAGAGCCGCGUCACGGUUUAUGAUACGGCGGAGUGGCUCGCCCUGGGCGAAAUGAACAAGCUGGGCGUCACCAGGUACAAGAGCAACGCCAUCAUCAGGAAGAAGAGAAAGGACGGCAACUUCUUCUGGGCCGAUUCUGUCAACCGCGACGGGGCAAAUCGGUAUUCUGGCGCGAAGGACCUCACAGAGUCCGUCUCAUGGGGUUGGCACCACCCGAGUAGCCUCUACGGCACCAUCCCAGUGGGCAGCCCCCUCAUCGACGAUGUCAUGAAUAUCUACCUCGCCUCCGACGACGCCAUCAGGAAGUUUGACGUCAGCGGCAACAUCAUGUGGAGCUACGCCCCCCGAGGCCAACUCGCAGCGGCACCCACCCUGUCCACUGGCUGCUCCUCCCGCCUCUCAGCUACUGCGGUGUUCGACAUCAGUGCCGAGGAGGAGGAGGCACUGCGGCCGGACUGGAUCAAGGGCAACGGGUCGGACGCAGAGCACCGUGCAAAGUUCUUCAGGGAUUUCAAGGUCGGCGACCUCGUGAAGGUGAAGGCAGGCGCGAGCUACCGGGCAGACGGCAGGGAGCUUUACACAGCUGGCGAUCAGGGACUCAUCUCCGGUGUCGUCCCAGACGGUGAGGGCGGGUACGGCAGGGCGGUGAUCGAGUGGACGCGCACGGGGCGCAAGAGCGCGGUUGAGUUCGACGCCAUACAGAAUCACUUCGUGCGCGUUGAGUCGGCCAGAUGCACUCCCAUGCUCAUCGGGAGCACCACUUCCGGCUAUGUGUUCGCGAUCGAACUGUCGACCGGAUACGAGGUGUGGGCACUGCAGGGCUCGUCUACGAUCGCCGGUGUCAAGGGGGCUUUGGCCUCCAAGAGCGGAAUCGUAGUGGUCGCGACCAACCGCUGCACUGACCGGUAUUGCUACAGGUAUCGCAACCAGACCAAUGUCCUCACGCCUGGCAAUACGGUGGUCCGGGGCCUGAAUCCGGCAAACGGCGUUGAGGUCUGGAGCUUCGUGCCCGAAGCGCCUGUGUGGAACAUGAACCCAGUCUGGGGGCCAGAUAACACCGUCAUUUUCAACGACCAAGAGGGCAGCGUGUAUUGCCUGCAGCUUUCGACCGGAAGCCAGCUAUGGAAGGGCGAUGGUAAACUUGGAACGUACACCGAGGCAGCCGCCGUAUACGACGCAGGAAACAACAUGGUGUUCGGCCUCGGCAUGCUCCAGUACGAUGCCCAUCUCACGCAUCGGGCACACAAUACUGGCUUGGAUGUGGGAUGCAAUCCUUAUGUAGCGCCUGGGAUCCUUCCUAGAUGCGGAAACGCGGCCUUCAAGCAAGGAUUCGUCCGCGCCUACAACGCCACCUCUGGCCGGCUCCAAUGGGAGAAGGUGACGCCACAACCGCCAGCCAGCGCCGUCACUGGUGGGCUCAACACUCCCAGAUUCCACACCCGCUUGGUGGUCACCUUGGGCCACAACUGCGCACGCAACUCCCCUACCGAGAUCCUCAUCAUGGACCCUGUCAGCGGACACUCUUUCUCGAUGGAUGGCCCGACGCUGUGGAGCGGCAUGUGCGCCGGCGACAAGGAGGGUGGCGACAUUCGCCGGGCCAUGGGCGGCCGUGCCGUGUGCAGUCCAGGCAGCUGGUCCGCACCGGUUGUCGACGGGGACGGUGACGUGUACGUUGGCAACCAGGUCGGCGUGUAUCAGAGGUGGGGCGCGCCCACCGGAUACGGGACGGGGCGCAGGGACUUCCAGUUGCUCUCAAGCUUGGUGACCGGUGUGGCUUUCCAGGAUUCGGCCACGGCGCUCGCGGAUGGCCUCAUGGCCGUGGCCACGUGCACUUCCCUCAUCGUCUUUCAGACGGCGAAUUUCUCAGACGAGUUUGCCAACACGACCUGGACCUUCCCGCCGCACGGAUACACACCAGACUUUAAUGCGUCUUCAGCGGGCUAUUCACGAUAAGUCAGCGGCACCGGUGGGUGCCGUGCGACGACGCUGCCACCUUCCCCGGGUCGUGGUCAUGGCCGCGCUCACUGCGCCUUAAUUGCAGGCCUUGUUUCGUGCCUACAGCACGCUAGCUUCGAAACCAGAGGCUUCAUGAUAGUCUUUUAGUGCAGGCUCCGAGCAUUCAUUCCCUUUUGCCCGUCACCUAAGCGAAAUUGCGACUGCAAGCGAUUCCGUGGAGAAUGUGGAGAGGAGUAGGUGUGAC